CCUACCCCUACCCCUGCGGCCAUUCUGUUAGUCAUAGAGAGAUGAGGAAACAGAAUUUGGAAGCUCCAUUGUUGGACCCUUCUCCUGCAAGUUUCAAUAGAAGAAAGAAAUGGAAUUUUGCUCUUUGCUUUUUAUUUGCACUCACUGCCAUUUCAUUUAUAGGCCUUAGACACCAUGGACACGUUGGUAUUUGGCUAAUUGGAGAUGUUGGGAGAUAUAAUGGAAAACUUCAGCAAAAUGCUGACGUUGUUGAAUCGGAGCAAGCUGUUGUUGCUGCUGAUGAUGGUCGGUGCUCGGAAAUUGGUAUAUCCAUGCUUAAAAUUGGUGGACACGCAGUUGAUGCUGCAGUCGCUACAGCACUUUGCCUUGGAGUUGUCAAUCCAAUGGCCAGUGGACUUGGUGGUGGAGGCUUUAUGGUUGUUAGAUCUUCAUCAACAUCAGAAGUUCAAGCUAUUGAUAUGAGGGAAACUGCUCCUUUAGCUGCUUCACAGAAUAUGUAUGAUAAUAAUGGGAACUCCAAGUUAGAGGGAGCACUGUCCAUGGGAGUUCCCGGUGAGUUAGCUGGUCUUUACGCUGCUUGGUCAAAGCAUGGCAGGUUGCCGUGGAAGACCCUAUUUCAACCAGCGAUUAAACUUGCAAGAGAUGGAUUCGUGGUUGCUCCAUAUCUCGCACACCAUAUUGCUCAAAAGGCAAAGGUGAUACUUAAAGAUCCUGGCUUGCGACAAGUAAUUGCACCAGAGGGGAAGUUGUUACGGGCAGGUGAAAUUUGCCAUAACGUAGAACUUAGCCACAGCUUAGAGCUUAUUGCUGAACAAGGGCCUGAAGCAUUUUAUAAUGGAGAGGUUGGUGAAAAGCUUGUCGAAGAUGUGAAAAGAGCGGGUGGAAUUUUGACAAUGGACGAUUUGAGGAAUUACAAAGUGGAAACUCCAGAAGCAGUUACCGUUAAUGCUAUGGGCUACACCAUCGUUGGAAUGCCACCUCCGUCCAGUGGAACACUGGGGAUUUCUCUGAUUCUUAAAAUCCUUGAAAGCUAUAAUGCUGCAGAAGGUUAUUUAGGUCUGCAUCGACUGAUUGAGGCGAUGAAACACAUGUUUGCAGUUCGGAUGGACCUAGGUGAUCCUGACUUUGUAAAUAUCAGUAAAACUGUAUCUGACAUGCUUUCCCCAUCUUUUGCCAAAGAAAUUCAACGAAAGAUUUUCGACAAUACCACCUUUCCUCCUGAAUACUAUAUGCCCAGGUGGAGUCAGCUAAGAGAUCAUGGAACAAGUCACUUUUGCAUUGUAGAUUCCGAUCGAAAUGCUGUAUCAGUGACUACUACAGUAAACUACGCAUUUGGAGCCGGUGUGCUCUCUCCGUCAACUGGUAUUGUAAUCAACGAUGAAAUGGGAGAUUUCUCAACACCUAGUGAAAUAUCCCCUGAUGAACUUCCUCCUUCUCCGGCUAAUUUUAUUCAGCCAAAAAAGAGACCAUUGUCGUCCAUGGCUCCAAUCAUUGUUCUCAAGGAUAAUCAGUUGGCUGGUGUAAUUGGUGGUAGUGGUGGCAUGAAAAUAAUCCCCGCAGUCGUCCAGGUUUUCAUCAACCACUUCAUCUUGGGGAUGGAUCCUUUAGCAGCAGUGCAGAGUCCAAGAGUCUACCACGAGUUAAUUCCGAAUGUAGUUCUGUAUGAGAACUGGACAUGCAUCGAUGGCGAUCACAUUGAACUCUCGGAUGAGAAAAAGCAUUUCUUGGAAGAGAGGGGUCAUCAACUCGAGGCACAUAACGGAGGAGCCAUCUGCCAGCUAGUUGUUCAAAACCUUCCAAAUUCUCAUUUAAAGUUGGGAAGGAGGAGCGGGAAAGAAUAUAAAAACGGGGUUUUUCGUGGGAUGCUUGUGGCUGUAAGUGAUCCUAGGAAAGAUGGAAGACCUGCAGCCAUAUGAUGGACUCAUCCUGCGCGAUUUAUGAAAUCAGUCUUUUGUUUGUAUAUAAGGUAAAAAACUGGCUAAAAGCGACAGUUUCUGGAGACAUAAUAUAGAAAGGGGAAUUCAAGAUUUGCCCGAAUCGGGCAAAUACUGUCUUCUGUGUGCAACAUGAUCAAGAAACUACCCUCUCUGGUAAUUUAUGUUGAUAUCAAAGUUUAGUCUUUAGCCAUAGUUAACAGUUAACAUACUGUUUCUCUCCUUUGCUAGGAAGUAAAUAUUGGGGCAAGGUACUUGUGAUUUUUUGCCCUUGAGUUUAAUUGGAGUCAAAUGUUUUGCUUUAUUA